AAAUGCAUUUAUUUACCCUAUUAUGAUUGGAUGAUGAUGAAUUCCAUUGUAAUAAUUAGAAAUCUCUCUCUACAUCUCCAACAUGCCACUCAAAUCUCAGUAUUCUCAGCAUAAGGUUCAAAUGGAAUUUUCUAAUUUUGCCUUAUUAAUUGUUCAAGUCAUCCCAAACUUGCAUUUGCUCCACAUUUGGACAUAGUUAUCCUACCAAGUUAUUUGUUUUUGUCUUUGGUUUUCUAAUUCUUUCUUCUUUCCUUGAAUUAUGUAUAAGAUAUCCUCCAGAUUUUAUAUUCUUUGCCAUAUUGUACUUUCUGUGGUGUGUCCUUUCCUCUCAGAGUCAUCAUUUCCUGUGUCUCCAGUCCUUAUAAUCCAUUCUGGACUAAAAUUAUACAAGGGCUGUUACAAUGUUCAUCCUGGACAUUUUGUCACUGCUCUCCUGAGUAUUGUUAGCCAGGUCCUACAUCUGUCAGUUUUUGGCUUUCUGUCUUCAUUUGCUGAAUUGUUAUUAUUUUUUCAGCUGGUGCUGUGUGAUUUGGUCAGUGUGGGUAUAAGCAUUGAUGAAAGGCUUUGAUUCAUGGUUUCAGAAUAAAGUCUUACUGGUAGUGAAACAAAUCCAAGAAGUUUAUGUGAAUCAAGUUACUGGGAUUAGCCUGGUGGGUCCAGAGAUAGAGAAAUGAAUUAAUUUCUUUUCAAAUAAGAUGAGGACACAGUAUUUAACAUAUUUCUUUCCUUGGUUAGAUUUAGAUUUGACAAGGGAUCAAGUUUGGCCCAGAAGUUGAAAAGAAAGAACAUAUUACAAGGAAACUAGAAAAAAAGGGGAAAUUCAAAAAUCCUGAAAACCCUGAAAUUGAAGGAGCAAAUAAUUCACUUCAAAAAAUUAUUCUGACUCAUGAUUUCAAUAACUAAAACAGAUGUAAAUAUUAAGGCAUUAAAUUAGCAUAUUUUUGUACAACGAUUUUUUUAAAUUUAUUUUUUAUUUAUUUUCAGCAUAACAGUAUUCAUUAUUUUUGCACCACACCCAGUGCUCCAUGCAAUCCGUGCCCUCUAUAAUACCCACCACCUGGUACCCCAACCUCCCACCGACCCUACCACUUCAAACCCCUCAGAUUGUUUUUCAGAGUCCAUAGUCUUUCAUGGUUCACCUUCCCUUCCAAUUUCCCCCAACUCAACGAUAUUUUUGCUGUUACUAUUCUCUGUGCCAAAUGACACCUUCACAGAGGCCUUCCAGGAUUAAUCUGUUUAACAUACAAGCCUCCUCUCCUUCCUCUGCCACCCUAUUUUUCCCUGCCUUUUUUUUUUUAAGAUUUUUAUUUAUUUAUUUGACAGGCAGACAUUACAAGUAGGCAGAGAGGCAGGCAGAGAGAGAGAGGGGGAAGCAGGCUCACUUCCAAGCAGAGAGCCCAAUGUGGGACUCGAUCCCAGAAUCCUGGGAUCAUAACCCAAGCCGAAGGCAGAGGCUUAACCCACUGAGCCACCCAGGCACCCCUGCUUUUCCCUGCUUUAUUUCUAUGCAUAGGACCAUUGCAUUGUAUGCAUUACAUUGUAUUAUUUAUCCAUGAAUAAAUAACAUAAAACGUUAACAUAUAUGUACAAACAAAUAUAUGAAUUGUAGAAUGUAAACUACAUAAAGGAAGAAAAUGUGCCUGUCAUAUCCUUUGGAAUAAUGUAUACUAUAUAGUUAAUCCUUGAUUAAUUUGUUGAAUAAAGAAAUGAAUACAUAAAUAAGUUAAUGUUCCUGAACUUCUAAGCAAAAAUAUUCAUUUUAUUUUUCGAAUAGGCAGAAUCCACCUAUGAAAUGAAUUGUACUGCACUUAUAUUUAUGGGGACAAGGUAUAUUAUGAUCAGACUGGGGUGGGGUGAAAAUAAGAACAUGUGAGAAGAAAUCUGAGCCUUGAAGAUUUAGGAGAUACAUUACUACUUAAGGUUUCAGAAGGAAGAUUAGAAGAGUGAAUGAUUCUGGCCCCCAGCCCCGACCAGGGGGUUCCUUACUAAUAAGAGCACGUUUAUGAGGAUAGAAGAAAUAUCUGUUACUCCAGAGCAAUUAAAAUCAGUGAAAAUUCUGAGCUUCAUGGUGGAAGUCUUUAGUCUUUCUCAUCUCUUCAAAGGUUUACGUAUCAGAACGUGGUUUUCCUAAAAAAAAUAUGUAUAUUGUCUUUCUCAAUACCACAUUAAAUAUUCUUGAUUUUUAUCUUUGUAGUAUUGUGAUUUAACCCCAUUUUUUUCUAGACUCUGUGCCUACUGCACAAUGUCUCAGUUGUUCUUAAAUGUCAAUAAAGGUGUUCUUAUUAAUAAAGUAUUUAACAGGUGCUUUUCACUGAGCAAUACUAUGAUUAUUUCUGCAUGAGUUAGUAACUUAUGCAUUUAAAGAUACUGACUAAAUAUGUGGUACGCAUUUGCAACUAUGCUAGAUAUUCAAGAUGCAGAGUAUGUUCUCUAUGGACUAAUCUUUGCUGGACUAUGACCAAGGCACUUGAGCUCCCUGAACUUUAUAACUCCUCAGUCUGUAGAACAGGUUAAUGCACACAUACACCCUACGUUCCUCCCAAAUUCAAGUUCUUAGAAUUCAGAUCCUAUCCUGACAUAUACACUCUAAAUAAAGAACUUCCACUUCUAAAAUAUAUCUCCCUUUUUUUCAGGGGCUGUUCUGUGUGGAAGGUAGGGGUGAGAAGGGGAAAAAAUCUCUAUUUAAUGUAGCUCAAAUGUAGCUUUUCCUGCUCUUUCUCUGAGUAUCACUCUUUGAUUUUGUAAUGCUCUAUUAGUAUAUUUCCUUUUUUAAAAAAAUUAUUUAUCUAUCUUAGAGAGAAAGAGAGUUGGGAGAGGGCCAGAGGGAGAGAAUCCCAAGCAGACAUCCCACCCCCAACACACAACAGCUGAGCAGGAAGCCUGACACUGGGCUUGAUCUCAUGAAACUGUCUGUGCCACCCAGGUGCCCCAGUAUUCUUCUUUUAACUUCUAAAGACUUUUUUCAAUCCACAAAAAUAGGAAGGAAAAAGAAAGGGAACAAUAUUUUGGUGAGAACUAACUCAGUUGUGGUUUUCUGGGAGUUAGUAGUGAGUUAAGUGUUUUCGAUUACAACACUGUUGUCACAGGCACAUGCUGAUUAACAACUUUAUAUACGCAGAAAUGGUGAUAUUUUCAUUUGUAUUUUUUUCCACAGGGCCUUCUUAAGUCGGGAGGUCACUGCCAUUUUCCACAAAUUAAAAAAAUAAAAAUAAAAAAAAAUGUUUAUAUUUAAAAUCCACAUUUUUCUCUCAGGACCAUUUCUUCAACUUGGUGUUUACUGGAGGAAGUUAAGAAAAGAAAGAUAAGAGAUGUGUGCAGAGGUGAGAAUAAAGCAAUUCUGAAAUUCUCAGUGGCUCAGUUCUGUUUUCUGACACUAUAUUUUUGCUUGGUUUUUACAAAGGUAGAUCAUUGAACUUAGUUACCACAUGCAUAGAUCAUGCCACAGGAGCAGCUUCUGUGAAGUUCAGUGAGACAUGCACCACCGCCAGUGACCAACAGUGCUGUAUUUGUUCAGUAUGCCUGAAGAAGUGACUUAUGCUACUCUCAAAUUUCCAAAUGCUUCCCAGGUGAAGACAUCCCAGGAGAGCUACAGUCUCAAGAGAGCAGACAAUCAUGAAGUUCCUGAAAUGGAAAUGGAUGGUGAAACUGAGAAUAGAGCAGGGGGAGUUGAGAGCAUACCUGAGAUGGCAGAGAGCAGAGCUGUGGCAGGGCAUAGCACUCAGUCAAAAGUGUGGUGCACUGUUGCUUUCAUUUCGUUGACUGUGAACCUGGUGGUGCUGGCUGGACUGGGGACACUGGGCCUGAGGUAUUAUUGGAAACUCAUCUUCAACAACAGAACAACAAAUGAUAUUGAACAAAGCAAUAUACAACAGUUGGAAGAAAAUUUAACGCUAUGCAUGAAUAUGUAUAAUAAUGUCUCAAAUGAGCUUAUCAUUUUUGAAAAUAUGACACAAAACAUAUUAAAAAAGCUGACAAACUUUACCUCAGAAUACUGUGAAGAGUUAAUGAAGAAGGAAAAAGAUGUUCAAUUUCACUCAUGUUUGGAAUCAUGGAUGUGGUACGGAAAUGGAAGCCAAGGUCAUGCCCAGAUGAAUAUGGACAGUAAGAAAAAUUGCAAUAAUACCCAGGUGUUCUUUCAAUGUUUUCCAUUACCUAUCCCCUGGGUGGAUCUGGAUUCUCCUUUCAAGAAGACAAAUUGGGAAGAAGGAAGGGUUUUAAAAUUUUGCAUUGUGACCUAUUUGACACUUGCUGAAAACAGCAAAGUAAAAAACACGACAAUGGGACACACACCAAAUACAACUCAACUCCUGGAAACAAGCAGGGUUACAGAAAGUAACCAGAGGUCCAGAGAUGGGGACAGGGUCAUUCAUGAUGGGCAUUAAGGAGGGCGUAUGAUGUGAUGAACACUGGGUAUUUUACACAAGUGAUGAAUCAUUGAAUAUUAUAUCAAAAACUAAUAAUGUACUAUAUGUUGGCUAAUUGAAUUUAAAUAAAAAAACAGUGAAAUAUAUGACAUUCAAAAGAAAUGACAUGAUUGGAAAAUUUAAUACCUUUAGUAGUUAUAUUUGUGAAAAUAAAGUAGCUAUAUCAAAUUUUCAAUUGUAGCUAAAUGCAAACAUUCCUAGUUUAUGUAUUAGUGUGCAAGAUAAAGGUGACCAUGUAAGCUGAAACUUUGGAAAAUCGAUCUCAGAAUCCAAGAGAAAAUUUUUUGAUUGUUUUGUGACUUUAAAAACUUUUUUUGUCAAAACAUUAAAAAUGUCUUACUAUUGGUUAUAAAUGUGUAGAGAAGUGGAAAAAAGUAAAAUAAUACUACUUAAUAUGUUGUAAUUCCAAAUAUUAGAAACAUUGAAUAUUAAAUUGGUUUCUCCCAUUUAUCAAGAGAAGCAAGAGGAAUGGUAUAAUCCUUUUUGUGAUACAGCUUACUCUACAGAUUGAACAUUUUAUCCAUUCCUUGGCAAUUUGCUAUAUUCCUUUCUUUCUUUUUUUUAAAAAUUAAAAAAAAUUAAUAAAUGUAUAAUGUAUUAUUAGCCCCAGGUGUACAGGUGUAUAAGUCACCAGAUUUACACACUUCACAGCAUUCACCAUAGCACAUAUGUCAUUUUCCUUUCUAGGUUAGGAUCAGCUUUUAACAUUUUAGCUUUUGUGAUGUCAAGACAUGAAAGAUUUCCAACAGUUCCUUUAAUGUGAAGUUUCCUGUAGGCAGCUUCACCUCCUCCAGCAUAUCUCCCUUCCUCAUUUUUGCCAAGAAAUUAUCUUCAGCAAGCUCUUCCAUUCUUCAGGAAUUUCAAAGUCCUCCGAGACUCUGAAAUGAUGGCAGUAUCAAUAUUCUCACAGUCAUCUAUUUCUUCUUUCUUAUUAUUACCCAUUAAAUAAUGGGUAAAUAUUUUUUUUGUUGUUAUUGAAGUAUCAUUGACAGUUGUUUUGUCUUUAACUCUGUUUUUUAUUUAAAUCACAUUCUGCAAAGUCAUUCACAUGGUGUGGAAAAAGAUCUUGUCUCUUAUAAGGAUAUUCUGUUACCUUCUGACAAGAUGUUUGAAUAUUUUCAGCUGCAUGCUUUUUAUACUAUUUCUUCUAAAACUCGGCUAAAGAAAUUGCAUGAGCUCCAGUUACAGUCAAUAGUCUGCAAGGGUUUAAAAGCUUAAACAACUCCUUAGAUUAAUGAAGCUGUAUUGCUGAUAGAAAGCAAAUUUUCAUUUUUUCCCAAGAUCUUAUAUAAAUCAGGUUGAUCUAGAGUAUUAUGUAACAGUAGAAGUGCUUUGGAAAAAUGAUCUUCCUAAAAUAUCUCUACAACUGAGAAGCAAAGACGGAAAACAACUGUAUGCUUUUCUAUCAAUAUAUAAAUGAAAUAAGAGAUUCUCGGUGACCAAUCAUGGACAGACCUUGAAGGAAUUGACAAGAGUGGUCAUUUAUCAUAAUGAUCAUCUAUUACUUAUGUAGCAGGGUGUUGUACUUUAUGCAAUUACUCACCAUAUAUUGUAAUAAAUGAAAACUGAACUGUGUUGUUGGGGAAUGAGUGUUAAUUGAAUGAACUGUGACCACUGAUAUCUGUAUAUGGGAACCAUGUAAAGCAAGAACUAUCUGUGUUUCCAAUACAAUCUGUUACUGCAUGAUUUGAAUACCUCCAUUGACUCCUGUAUAUUAUAGCAAUUUUUAAAUUCAAUUAACGUCUACCUUAAUCUCACUAUAAUAUUUGUAUGGAAUACCGGAUAUAGAAGUAAUGACUUUGUAUUUUCCCACAAGCUGCUCAGUAUACACCUAUAAGAUAUUAAUUAAAAAAAUAAUUUCUUAUUUACUUUUAACUCAGAUAUUAUGCAACUCAGUUAAAAAUGAUUCAGUGUUUGUUUAAAAACUGAUUUCUCUUCAGUCUUCCUUUUAUUAGUAUUCAUUCUUUGUGCUACUGCAAACUUCAUAUAAAUUUCAGAAAUUCAUGUUCCUAGAAACUUAGGCAAACAAUUCAUGACACUGGGGACUUCUAACAUUUACUACAUAAUCAUACUUCAUAUCCCUGUCUUUUUGUACAAGCACCUAUUCAUUUCCUAAGUGUGUCUUUCUGAAUAAUUAUAUCUGCUAUCUUCAUGGAUAAGGAAAAAAAUUGAUAAACUUAAAUAACUACUUCUGAUUUAAGAAAAAGCAAGAAAAGGUAGUGGAAGAAGAGGAAAAGGAAAAAAUUCUAAGUGAAUUAGAAUGGUAGACUAUUUCCUUAAUAUGCUAAUGAUCAUAUAUUUAAAAUUGUCACCAGUAUGAAACAAAAUAGUGAUUCUUAUGUAUUUUGUAAUAAUCAAAAUGAGUUUAUCACCAUAUUACCUAACAUUGCCCUGGAAGUCUAGUAAGUGAAAAAGAGAAAAAUUAAGAGUAGUCACAACUGAUUAUAAAUGAUCAAAUAUUAAUUGUGGAUUCAUAGAAAAUGUGUUAUUAAAAAAAUAGCUGAAUGUUAUGACAUAAAAUUAUUGAAUUGGCCACUCUCAUGACAAAUGUCCAAGACAUAUUCUUUAUUACAUAUAAAUAAAAAGUUGUCAGAAUAGCAAAUUGUUCUAAUAAGAGAAAAGGCAUUGACCAACAUAACAACAAAUAUAUAACACUCAUGAAAAAAUUAAUAGUGAAUAUGAAAUGAUAAAGAUUUAAAACUGUGGUAAAAGAAACAAGAUGACUUGAACAAAAAGAUGUAAUAUAACUUAUUCUUGGACAGAAAUUUCAAAUUUCUAAAUGUAUUACUCCUCUCAGAUUCAUCAACAAAUGAAGUGCAAUCAAAAUAUAUAUUCUGGAAAACAUCCAUAAAAUUAAUAUUACUUUUUCAGUUUUUUGCUGGAGAACAUGAUUAAGAAUCCACUAUGAUGGGAAACAUUUCAUUCUUAAAAAUUUUUUUUUUCUCUUCUUCCUCUUACUGGUAGUUCUGAACGUUGGAUUUUAUUUUCCCCUCAUGGGGUCAAAAGCUACCUAAGUAUAUGAUUGCAAGAGGAAAUAUAGUGGACAGAAAUCAGGUAUUGGCAGUUUUUCCAUUUUCAUUUGUGUGUGAAUUUUUAAUAUAAAUGUGGGAACAUAAAGAGUUAAUGCAAGUCAAAAUGUUUCAGUGAAUACGUUUCAGGAGUUCAACUUUAUAACAAUUAUAAAUAAACCUGUUAAAUUUUUCUGGACAAUGCCAGCAUUGGGAUUUUUUUUUAAAAAACAAGUAAUUUUUUAUGAGCAGCAACUAAAUGGUGUUUGAGACGUUUUUUUCAUGCAGUAGAUUCCAACCAUUCAGUAUACUUUUCUAACUGACUUGUCCUACAUGCAAGUACAUGUUUUUAAUAGUGUCUGUCUCCGGUGCUGUUCCUGUAAGUUUGCUAUUAAAAUACAUUAAACUAUUUAAAAAAAAA